AUGGGUCGGGUUAUCAGGGCACAAAGGCGCUCGCACGCCAUCUUCAAAUCUCACACUCACCACAACAAAAACCCCGCCCGCCUGCGUAACCUCGACUUCGCUGAGCGCAAUGGUUACAUCCGCGGAAUCGUGAAGGACAUCAUCCACGAUGCUGGCCGCGGUGCCCCCCUCGCUCGCGUCGUCUUCCGCGACCCCUACCGCUACAAACUCCGCCAAGAGACCUUCAUCGCCACCGAGGGCCUGCACACCGGCGCCUUCGUCUACUGCGGCAAGAAGGCCGCGCUCAACGUCGGCAACGUCCUGCCUGUCUCCCAGUGCCCCGAAGGCACUAUCGUGUGCAACGUCGAGGAGAAGGUCGGCGACCGCGGCGCCCUCGCGCGAACCUCGGGGAACUACGCCACCGUCAUCGGGCACUCGCCCGACGACAACAAGACGCGCAUCCGCCUCCCGUCUGGGGCGAAGAAGACGAUCUCUGGCGGGGCGAGGGCGACGAUUGGGAUUGUGGCUGGGGGUGGAAGGAUUGAUAAGCCGCUGUUGAAGGCGGGACGGGCGUUCCAUAAGUACAAGGCGAAGAGGUACAACUGGCCUCGCACUCGUGGUGUUGCGAUGAACCCCGUGGACCAUCCUCACGGUGGUGGUAACCACCAGCAUAUCGGCAAGGCGUCGACUAUUGCCCGCUCGGCUGUUCCUGGACAGAAAGUCGGUCUCAUUGCCGCUCGCAGGACUGGUCUGCUACGCGGUACUGUCAAGGUCAAGGAGGUUUAA